AUAUCUCCCUAUCUCCUUUCUUCAUUUUAGUAUUUAGUAUGAAGGAACAAACCUGUAUUGACUUUCGUGGAAGGAAACGUGUGACACGAUUUGAUUCGGAUUUCAAUAGGAGCAAAGUAGUCGAUUCAGAACAUGUAAAUAAAGCUUUCAGACCAGCUGAAGAGAUUCCUCUUGAACCAGUAAAGAAACCUCAAUUACCAGUGCGACAGAGUAGUCGUAUUGCUGCUACAAAGAAAUUAAAACAAACCGUUUUGAUACUUAAAAAUGAUGAACCAUCUGUAAAUGAAGCUGACAGCAUUUCUAAGCGAAAAAUGGAAUUAGUUCAAAAUCACAACAUUAAAAAACAGAAAACAGUUCAUGUUGAGCCUAUUCACGAUGACCAUCCUUUAACAAAAGAAAAAAAGAAUAUAAAACCCAGUAUUAAAGAUCUUAUUUUAAAACAAAGCCUUAAAGAAAUAACAGAGACGACUCCUGUAGAGUCAGAAACAAUUUUGGAAGAUAAACGUGUUCAAGAGGAUGAGCCCUCUAUUCCAACAGAAGAUACACCCUCACCUCCUUCAUCAUGUUUUAUUGAACCAGUCACACCUCCUACUCAUUUAACGAAUGAUCACUACAUUGCACCUUUCAAGACAUACUUGACAGAAUCUGAUAAAGAAAGAAUUGACUAUGAGAAAACAACACUUGAAAGACUUCGUAAGGCCCUUGAUAUUAUACUUACUGAUCGUGCUGCACGCAAUAGGCCCGCUUUAUACCAUCAAAUUGAACCUGUUUUGAGAAAUUCCACAAGAAGAACGAUUACCAUUUCACAUAUUUGCAAAAUUAUGUAUAUUGUACCUAGUUUAUAUCUAAUUCAACCUAAAGAAUUAAGAGAUUUUGGAGGAAAAGUGACAGAAGCCUUUUUACUUGAAUUUGGAAAGGAUUGGUUGAUUCCUCUAUCUGGUAAAGAUUUACAAAAGCGAGCUGAUAUGUUAGGUGAUGCUAUCACCGAUUAUUUCAAAACUCAUACAGAAUAUAAUGCUAGUAUCCCUGAAGCACCAUUACCAAGAUUAGGUCUUGUUGUAGAUAAAAAAGAAUGGGUGAAAGAUGCUAAGCUUCCACCAGGUGUACGAUCAUUAUUAGAAGCUCAUGAGAGGGCAAAGGAAGCUGAAAAAGAACGUGAAAAGCCUAAGCCUAAACCUACAGGAAGUGUUAAAGAUCGUAUGGCUGCCCUUCGUGCCCGACUUGCAGAAAAGAAAGCAAAUAACAAUAAAUAAAGAUUCAUUAUAAAUAAACACGUCUUUUUUUUUAUAUUUA